GCAGCAGCAGCGGCAGCAGCAGCUGGACUAAUCGCCAAACAGCAUUGGGAGCAGUGGGAAGAUGCGCUCAUUGGAGGAAAGCUGCUUUGUGAAGAUAGCACAGAGCCCUGAGGUAUCGCUCAAUCCUCAACGGGUGGAAAGGGCUCUGUUCUCUAAGAAUGCAAUGGAGCUCGUUCGAAGGUCCACGGAAAUUGGGGCGGCAGGAGGCAACGGGAAAGGAGCCAUGGACACCGUACGUCUGAGGCAGGAGAUAAUCACCAAGCUGGUCGAAGAAGGUAGAGGGAUGGCGGGGAGCUUUCCCGCACCGCCAGCAUUCCUGGACAAGAGCUUCACCUCGGUAUCCUUGGCCAACUCCAAGAUUGGGGAUUCCUUCAUCCGUGACACGCUUAGCAUACGAUGUCCGAUGCUACGGAGCGUGGACCUCACAGCGUGCUUCUACAUCCGAGAUAGUGCCAUAGAAUCCCUGCUCAGCCGGUGCUCGCUGGUAGAGCGCCUGUCCCUUAGAAACUGCCGAAAAUUGACGGACGUGUCCCUGGAACACUUGGUGAGACAUGGGAAGAACAUUGCGAAUCUGGACAUCGGCGGGUGCUUCAACAUCACGGCACCUGGGGUGGACGCUUUCUGCGGGUUGCACCCCAAUGCGCCUCGGUUUGCCGAGCUGGAUAUUUCUGGGCUUAACGUGACAACGCACACCUUGGAGGUGAUCUGUCACCGCUGCCGGCAUCUUCAGGUCCUUCGAAUUGGAUUUAUCGAGUACAUGGAGGACACCUUGAAGGACACUCUUCCCCCCCUGCUGCCCAACCUUCGGUCGCUCCACGUGCACUGGAACACGUGCAUCACUGACGAGUUUCUGUCGUGGGUAUCCCAGGCGAUACCACGGCUACAGGAUCUGAACUUGUGCGGGUGCUCUAAGGUGUCAGUGGACGGGGUGUCGGACAUGAUUCACGAACGCCAGGAAGCCUUGGAAAACGACGGCAACGCCGGCUUGAUAAGCGCCAUCGAGAAGGUCAACGUUAGGUACACGUCGCUGGGCAAGCAUGACAUCGAGGUGCUGCAGGCAACGUACCAGGGAACCGAGAUUGUGUGCACCUGAUGUCGUAUGCGGUUCCUACUCGAUUUGUACUUUGCAUGUGGUGAUGUCGUUGUAUUGGCCGGGAUGUUACUCGUGCGCACGGCAGAGUCGAGAUACCGCCACGAAAGUGUUUGUUCGGAGGCUUGGGCUCCGGUGAUGUGACCGAACGUGCCAACUUGUUUCCUUGUUUUGGGCAUCCUGUGUUGCCGGGAUGCGUGAAGUUCAGACCUCCGAUAUUGAGGCUCUUAGUCUAGUGGGGUUGUUACCAGGUCUCUUGUUGGGACGGCCGGAGUUGCGAUGUACACCAAUGUGGUCGGUGACUGUUUGGCUUCACGCUUGUGUAUGGAGCAGGGUGCAGGCAUAGCGGUUGAACCCUUGCAUGGCCCACAAAUACAACCGACUGGCCUUUGACCAAAGGGCGGCUGAUAAAAGCUGUGGCUACGGCCGAAAACGA